UCGCUCCGCGGCGUCGGGAACGCGCAGUGGAACCAACACUCGCUGGAGAGGAAAAAAGCGCCGUCGGACCGCAACAGCGACUCACCGGGAAAAAUGUUCCCUCCACCGCCCUUCAACAUCACCGCUGUCGACGUCUGCAAAAGUCAUGUGAACGGAUUUGCAACAUAUGAGGACUCGAGGUUUUCCGACCAUUAAACUUGUUUCAGAGGAUUUUAAACUCCAGGAAGUAACUAAUAACACACAGGAAUUGAAGUUAACAUUGGACAGGUGCAGAAAAUGGCGAGACGGCUUCUGCAGCUCCUUGCCUUGUGGACUAGUGUGGUUGGCGUUGUGCAGAGCUGUCCGGAGCUCUGCAGCUGCCAGGAUAAAUUUGCCCACCAGUUUGCUGACUGUGCUUACAAAGACCUUCUGGUGGUACCCGUCGGUCUCCCCUCAAAUGUCACCACCGUGAGCCUUUCUGCCAACAAGAUCAAAUUACUGAAAAGUAAAAGCUUUGUCAAUAUCACACAGGUCACCUCUCUCUGGCUGGCCCAUAAUGAGAUAGUUACCAUAGAAACGGACACCUUGGCCCCCCUGAUCCAGCUCCGCAACCUGGACAUCAGCUACAACAAAAUUGUGAACUUUCCAUGGGUGGAUCUGCACAACCUCACAGCCCUGCAGCUUCUCAAAAUGAACAACAAUGAGAUGGUGAAUCUUCCAAAGGACGCCUUUUCCACUCUCAAAGACCUGAGGUCGCUGCGCAUCAACAACAACAAGUUCACCACAAUUGUGCAGGGUACCUUCAGUGCUCUCUCUUCCAUGUCCCACCUUCAGAUUUUUAACAACCCCUUCUCAUGCUCCUGCAGCCUGGAGUGGCUGAGGGAUUGGAUCGCCACGACUAAGAUUUCUGUCCCUGAGCCAAAAUCAAUUGUAUGUGAGGCUCCUGAACACCUGAAAGGCACAGAGGUUUCAAAUAUUCCUAAACUGGACUGUCAGGCCCCUACCGUCACAAUAACCUACCAGCCAAACAUUGAGAACACAGAGCUCUACGAGGGACUCAUGGUCAUCUUAAAUUGUGAGACAAUAGGGAGCCCCACACCGCAGGUCAGCUGGGAGGUAACUGCAGGAAAUCAGAAUUAUCUCUUCCCCUUGCCCCUCACUGGAGAGAUGAAUGAUGCACCAAUUAAUGAUAAAACAACGAGCAAUCGAUUCCUCAUCUUUAGAAAUGGCACGCUUAUCAUCCCUCGUAUGAGUAAAAAGGAAGAUGGAAAUUACAGCUGCUCUGCGGUGAAUGAUGUAGGUAAAGCAGAGAGCACUGUUAAAGUGGCUAUGGCAGCAACACCCAAAUAUGGCAGCGACCCAAAGCCUGCCUCUACGGUGGACACGAUCCGUCCAUCUGUUAAAAAAUCUCCAAAGCCCAAGAUCACCAAAAACAAUGUGAUCAACUGGACUGACAAAAAGACAAAGAUUGACACAGAGGGUUCAGACAAAAGCCUGGGCACGGGGCCGGUCGGCGGCGUUUCGAAGGACCCCACCUUUGCGAGCAAAUGUGGCGUGAGAGAAAGCAGCGAAUACAUCUCCAACCAUGCCUUCAACCUGAGCCUGGAUGACCUGAAGCAGUACACGUUUGAUUUUGGUGUUAUUGCGUUAGAAGUGUCAGAGACGGAGGCCAAAGUUCAGCUGAAUCCGCUGCAGCUUCCCAGCAGCAAAUCUAACCUUCAUCUGAGUCACACCGAAAACCAUGAAACAGUGAAUAAAGAGGCCUUUGGCGUGUACCAGACCGCAUCCAGUAAAGCCACCGUGGACAUGCUCUACCUCUGUGUAAAUACAGGUAAUGGACACUCUAUUGUUGAGUGGUCCAAUAUAGAGGAGGGGGUGAAUGCCUACCGCUUCCAUGGUUUACAGCCUGGCACCAAUUACACUCUGUGUCUCACCUAUGGGGGGCAGGACUGCCAAGUCCAAGUAGUCUUCACAACCAGGAAGAAGAUCCCCUCCCUGCUUAUCAUCGUGGUUGUCAGCAUUUUCCUACUGGGCUUAGCCACUGUUCCCUUACUGGGGGCCACCUGCUGCCAUUUGUUAUACAAGUACCAAGGGAAGACCUACAAGCUGAUCAUGAAGGCUCAGAAUCCGGAUCAGAUGGAGAAACACAUGACUGGGGAGUUUGAUCCCAGGGCAUCUUUUGUGGAGUCAGAGAAAACCUUCGACCCCAGCGAGUUGGGCGAGGGGGAGGGAGAGGCCGAGGGAGAGGAAGAAGAGGGAGAGGGAGAGGCUGAGGGCAGCGUGGUGACAGAGUCCAUCCCCGGGUCCUCAUCCAAAACCAACCAGGAGGAGUUUGAGAUGGGCUCGGAGUACAGUGACAGGUUACCGCUGGGAGCAGAGGCAGUCAACAUCUCGGAGGAGAUCAACGGCAACUACAAGCAGCCAAGCCGCUGAGCUCCGCUGCUGUCUACGACUACACUGUAAAAUAUUUUACUUUUACGUAGCCUACAUUCAAGCAGGUAACUCACCCACCAUUACUACACGUGAACAAUGAUGGUUUCUCAUACAAAAAGGUGGCUCUUUUAAUUUUUUACCUCAGAAAGUACUCCGUAAAUCACUUAAAAUUGUGAUUCGUGUGACAUUUGUAGUCCACUGCAAGGUUAAAAAAAGCAACAUAAGUUUACAAAGCAAGCACAUAUUUCUACAGUUUUUUAACACCUCAAAUUGCAGCAAAAUGUUCCCUCACUGCAGGACGGACACAGACGGGCAUGUAGGCGCAAAUUGUGCACACGGCGAGGCGCGGAGCUCGCCGGAGUUCCGCGUAAUUGAAGGCAAAAUACAACGACAUUAAAAAAUGUAAUCACCGUUUUGGAGCGCAUAAAAGCAAAAAAAAAAAAGUGCCAUAUGUUUCAAAGCCAUUUAAAUAAACGGACAUCAGGGACCAAUUGCUCUCUCAGCUGUGCGCGUCUGUGUGGAGAAAAACCCUCACACCGGACAGUUACCAUCUCAGGUGUCGGCGCGUCCGGUCGCAGAUUUGGAUGAUAUUUGAUCCAAUAAUAGCCUACUAGAUGCAGAUAUUGGUUCCGGUGCUGACCUGCCCGCUGUCCUGUGAGUCAAAAAAGGGAAAUUUCACUUUCUGUGUAGUGCUUGACGGGAAAACCCCAAGGUUAUUUACCAACAAAAUGUUGUUUGACGUAACGUAAGGCUUUAAAAAUGUGCGACUUUAACCUCUUUAUCAACGGGUGCUUGCUUUAGCCUACUCUCGCUUUUUACAAUGUCCAUGGCAUGUCACACGUAUUUCCUUGUGUGGUUUUUAUUAUUAGUGUAGUCUAGAGGACUUUAGAUGUUACUGUCAACCUGUGAUGUAAAGCCAUGUGAAAUUAUUCUUUUUUUACUGACGGUAAAUUUCUAUGAAGCCUUAACAGAAGGGCGCACUGAGUGCCUGAGGCUUCACUGUCUUGUAAUUGGAUGCAUAUAAUAGUGAGUUUUUGUGAACUGUUGUAAAACGAAACGAAAAACAAAACCCGUGACCUUUGAAUAUUUUUUGAUAUCAUUUUAUGUAAGUGGAAUUAAUAAAACAUGAAACUAUACAGAC